UCUAUUCUGUGAUCAGUCUGCCUCCACAUGGCUAAGGCUUGAUUUCAAACUCCCUCCUCAGCCCCAAACACAACAUGAUGUCAUGUGCCGGUAUGGACUCAGACUCGCAUGUUGUUAGGCGCGUAAAUGUUGCCUAAGUGAUUUUUUUUUUAUUUACUUCAAUUUGUUUUCUUGAAUUGCAAACCAAACUAAGAAGAAUCGCUUGGAGUCGUUUUCUGCUGACUGAAAUUGUAUUUUUAUCGGGAGACACCUGGCAUAAAGAAAACUGUUCGGUGAGAGGGAGGAAGACGCUGGAAAUAUCGGUCUCAACUUGGAAAGAAGAAAGCAUAACAACUCUGUAUCAAGUCUGGGUAAGAACGAAAAGUUGAUCAUGCUGGGGGGCGAAGGAGAGAGCAGCACCUUUUCCUCUUCCAAGGACGCAGUGGAUGAGAGGUGUAAGUCUCCGGCUGUGGAUGGAGACGACCCGGCUGCUGGCAGUAGGUACACAGAGCACGGGAUGGGAGCUGAGCGCUACUACAUCCCACCCACUGUCUCCAAACAAAGUCCAGAAACACCAAACCCCUGCUCCUUCAUCCCCUACACUCCCAGUGGGACUGUCUACAGCCCGUCCAGCGCAGGCAGGUACCCCUCAUCUCUCCAUCUGGGAUCCGUAUUGCCACCAGCGGGAUUUUCUCCCUCCACAGCUGGCCGCAGUCACUUCAGCUCGGCGUACCAGCUCGGCCAGGGCCCCAGUUGCAUCUACCCGCCAUACACCGGCUCAGGGUCCGCUCUCAGCAACAUGAGUUUACCCACAAGCGGCCCCGGGAUGAGGGCCCAGGUCUUCCUGUGCAACCGGCCGCUGUGGCUCAAGUUCCACAGGCACCAGACCGAGAUGAUUAUCACCAAACAGGGCAGACGGAUGUUUCCAUUCCUCAGUUUUAAUAUCAGUGGUCUGAACAUGACAAAACAGUAUAACGUGUUUGUGGAGGUGGUGCUUGCGGAUCCAAACCACUGGAGGUUUCAAGGUGGCAAGUGGGUCACCUGUGGGAAGGCGGACAAUAGCAGCCAAGGGAAUAAAGUCUAUAUCCACCCGGAGUCUCCAAACACAGGGACGCACUGGAUGCGACAAGAAAUCUCUUUCAGUAAACUGAAACUCACCAACAACAAAGGCAACAGUCAUAGUACUUCACAGAUGAUCGUCCUGCAAUCACUGCAUAAGUACCAGCCAAGGCUGCAUAUCGUGGAGGUGGUGGAGGACGGGGUGGAGGACAUCAGCAGUGACGUGAAGACUCAAAGCUUCCUCUUCCCAGAGACCCAGUUUAUAGCUGUCACUGCUUACCAGAACACUGAUAUAACACAGCUGAAAAUUGAUCACAACCCUUUUGCCAAAGGAUUCAGAGACAACUAUGAUUCGAUGUACACAGCUCCAGAGAACGACCGCCUCACCCCCUCACCCACCGCCUCUCCCCGUGCACACCAGAUUGUCCCCAGCGCCCGCUACACAAUGCAGCCCCUCUUCCAGGACCAGUUUGUCAACAACCUCCCCCAGCAUCGCUUUUACAACAGCGAGAGAGCUGUGCCGCAGACUAACAACCUCCUCUCACCUCAGCCUGAAGACGGAGCAUCACAGAGGUGGUUUGUCACCUCCAUGCAGCAAGGAGGAAACAGUACAAGCACCAGCAACAAGCUAGAUCUCACACCAUAUGAGGGGGAAUAUUCAAGCUCCCUGCUGCCUUAUGGUAUCAAAUCUCUGUCCAUGCAAACAUCCCAUGCUCUCAGCUACUACCCAGAAUCACCUUUCACUACCAUGUCUGCAGGGUGGGGGUCCAGAGCGGCAUACCAGAGGAAGGUUACUCACAGCCUGCCUUGGUCUCCUAGGCCCAGCCCCACAGCCGUUUUCUCAGAAGACUCAAACAAAGUGAAACCGCAGAUAGAGGAGGUGAACGGUAGCGGAGGCCUGAUCUCAUCCUGGACAGACACAGCUCUGUGCCUUGACAAAGCUGAUUCCUAUUCUUCAACCUGCAAACGAAGGCGCUUGACCAUUAAUGGCCCCAGUACAGAGGACUCACCUGCUGACAUCAAGUGUGAGGAUUCUGCUGCACCCAACAGUAGCUCCUACAGCAAAGAAGCCCCUUCAUCCAAAGGCAUGGCAGCCUACUAUUCCUUCUACACAAACCCUUGAACACAUUAUCUUUUGAACACUUUGUCUCUAAUUUAGCAAAUGAUGUUGUUCUUCAUCUGUCACCAUGAAUAAGAACAUUCAUUUGAUCAAUCAGAAUUUCUAUUGUGAUUUUCCUUUUCAUGAUGAUACAGUUAAUGUCAAGGGUUCAUUUAAGUAAUAUCAAAACCAGAAUGUUUUUGUGGCAUGAUGAGCAUUAACAUCCUGUGCUUUUUACACCUGUUCAGUCAAUCUACACUUAUUUACAGAGCUCCACAGGUAUGUCAUCCUCUAUUUGAAAGUGCCAAAGCAUUUGUUUAAAGAUUUUGUCAAUUUUUUAAAAUGGUAAUAUGUACCUAUGCUUUUUUGUGUGAAUACAUUGCUGUAACUGCCUUUAAACUGAGGAUACAUGUUUACAGAUUAUUUAUUAAAGGCCUGUUGAUAUGAAA